AUGGCCCCCCAAUUCAUCGACGACAAAUCCCCAAUAUGCAUCCCCUUCAUCCUCAACCGUCUCUCCCUCCACCAGCAAGCCUCCUCCUCCUCCUCCUCCUCGUCGGAUAACAAAAAUCACCCACCUCCACCACCUCCUCGCCCUCUCAUCAUCGGCCUCAACGGCCUCCAAGGCGUCGGAAAAUCCACCCUCGUCGCCCCCCUCGCCGAAGCCCUCGCAAGCCAGGGCGUCCCCACCCUCGUGUGCAGCAUCGACGACUUCUAUCUCACCCACGAGGAGCAGGUCAAGCUGGCGAGGGAGAAUCCGGAUAAUGCCCUGUGGCAGGUUCGCGGGGAGCCGGGAACCCACGACAUCCCCCUCCUCAAAUCCGUCCUCACCUCCCUCCUCGCCCACGCACCCACCUCCAUCCCGCAAUACGACAAAGCCCUCUUCUCCGGCCAAGGCGACCGUCUCCCCCCUCAUCUGUGGAAACACGUCAACACCAGCAACCCUCUCCAGGUCGUCAUCCUCGAAGGCUGGUGCAUCGGCUUCCGUCCCCUCUCCGCCUCAGCCGUAUCCCAGAAACACUCUUCGCCCAGCCGGACGCUGCAAAACCACCGCCUGGAGCAUCUCCUCGCCGUCAACGAGAAGUUGCGUGAAUACGAUGACGUGAUCAACAGUCUGCUUGAUGCACUGAUUCAUAUUGAUGCGGAGGAUACAGAGUACGUGUAUGAGUGGCGGCUUGAACAGGAAGAGCAUCUUCGGCUGGCGAGGGGUGAUCCCAACGCUGGCAUGACAAAGGAGCAGGUUGUCAAGUUUGUUGACGCGUAUUAUCCUGCUUAUGAGCUGUAUUCGGAAGGGUUACGGGAGGGGCUGUUCAAGGAUAGGCCUGGGGCGCAGUUGAGGAUGGUGGUUGGGCGGGAUAGAAAGGUGAAGCAGGUUGUUACCAUUUAG